CAACGGUUCCUUCCUUCUGUUUUUAGCCUCUCUCUCUCUCUCCAAUCUUGGUUUUUAAUUCUCUCUCCAAUCUUUUUUUCUCUCUUUUUGUUGUGGGGUUAAUUCCUCUUUCUUUGGGAGAGGACUCUAAUCCGAAAACCGCCAUGAGGGUUUUCAUUUUCGGGUUUUUCUUGAUUCCAUUGGUUGUUUCUCCGGCCUCCGCCGAAUUCUUCUUCCCCAACGUCACCGGCAUACCGCCGUCCCGUCUCCUGAAUACCACUCGCAACCUCUGGGACGCCUUCCGGAAUUUCACCGGCUGCCGCCCCGGCGUCGAUGGCCUCUACAAGCUUAAACAGUAUUUCCAACGCUUUGGUUACAUCCCGGAGAAUUUCUCCGGCAACUUCACCGAUGAUUUCGACGAUAUCCUCCGACACGCCAUCGAGAUGUACCAGAGAAAUUUCCGGCUAAACGUCUCCGGAGAACUCGACGAGCUCACCGUCAGACACCUCGUCAUCCCACGUUGUGGCAACCCCGACAUAGUCAACGGCUCCUCCGCCAUGCAUGGCGGGAAAAAAUAUGAGGUCAACUUCGCCGGCCGUCGCGGUCAACGUUUCCACGCCUUGAAGCGCUACUCGCUCUUCCCCGGAGAGCCGCGUUGGCCGGAGGAUAGGCGACAGCUUACCUACGCGUUCGACCCUCGAAACGCUCUCACGGAGGAGGUCAAGGGCGUUUUCGGACGCGCGUUUGCGCGUUGGGCGGCUGUGACGAAGCUGACGUUCACGCGCGUUGAGACGUUCCCCGACUCAGACAUCACCAUCGGAUUCUACACCGGCGAUCACGGCGACGGCGAACCGUUCGACGGCGUUCUCGGAACGCUAGCUCACGCGUUUUCGCCGCCGAGCGGGCGUUUCCACCUGGACAGCGACGAGAACUGGGUGGUUUCCGGUGACGUCGGAGGUAUCUUAUCGAUGACGUCAGCUGUGGAUUUGGAAUCUGUGGCGGUUCACGAGAUCGGACAUCUUCUAGGGUUAGGACAUUCCACGAUAGAAGAUUCGAUCAUGUAUCCGACAAUCUCGACGGGACGGAGAAAGGUCGAGUUGACGAGGGACGACAUUGAUGGGAUCCAGUACUUGUACGGUACGAAUCCUAACUUCAACGGCUCAUCUCCACCGUCCACGCAGCAGAGAGAGUCUAGCGAUUUCGGCGGUGUUGGCAGAAUGGACGGUCCAAGAUGGAAUUUGAUCAGUCUCUCCAUGACCGUUGGAUUCGUCCUGUGGUCACUAUCGUAGAUUUAUAUUAUUCUUUUUCUUGAUUAUAGUUGGUUGGUUGCCAUUACGUUUUAUUAUUUUUAUUUCUUUAUAAUAUGCUUAUUUUUUAGACAUUUUGAUUUAAAAAUUUGGGGCGAAUUUAUCGCACAUUGGUUUCUUCCUUUUACAGUUGUUUUUUUUUUUGUCCCCGUGGAUACUGCUGUAAAUAUGUUCUUUUUGUUUUGUUAAUAACAAAUAUGUCCUGCUUUAGAUAGGCAUAUUUUCAGCUA